AUGUCCGGUAGAGGAAAAGGUGGAAAAGGUCUCGGAAAGGGUGGCGCUAAGCGUCACAGAAAGAUCUUGAGAGACAACAUUCAAGGUAUUACCAAGCCAGCUAUCAGAAGAUUGGCCAGAAGAGGUGGUGUCAAGCGUAUCUCUGCUUUGAUCUAUGAGGAAGUCAGAGGUGUCUUGAAGUCCUUUUUGGAGAACGUUAUCAGAGACGCUGUCACUUACACUGAGCACGCCAAGAGAAAGACCGUUACUUCUCUCGAUGUCGUUUACGCUUUGAAGAGACAGGGUAGAACCUUGUACGGUUUCGGUGGUUAA